GCGCUGAGCGGAGGGUGAGGCGGCUCCGCGACUCCUUGACGCCAAGCCGAGCAGAGCCGAGUCCGGCAGAGAGGAGCCUCCGGCACACAGCGACUCAGAGCUGCAGGGAAGGGAGAAAAAGUGACUGUCAAGAGGACCUGGUCUUUCAUCAAGGAAGCUGAGGAUUAUCUGAAACUAUCUGAAACUUCUGAGACUGGACAGUGUCUCACCACUGCUCAGGCUUCCUUCAGGAGAGGGGAGGAGGGCGGCUUGUCCAACAUGAAUGUCACCUCGCUCUUCUCCUUCACCAGCCCGGCGGUCAAACGGCUGCUGGGUUGGAAGCAGGGAGAUGAGGAAGAGAAAUGGGCGGAGAAGGCCGUGGACGCUCUGGUGAAGAAACUGAAAAAGAAGAAGGGAGCCAUGGAGGAGCUGGAGCGAGCUCUCAGCUGCCCCGGUCAGCCCAGUAACUGUGUGACAAUCCCUCGCUCACUGGACGGAAGGCUGCAGGUGUCGCACAGGAAAGGUCUGCCGCAUGUCAUCUACUGUCGGGUGUGGCGCUGGCCUGACCUGCAGUCCCACCACGAGCUGAAAGCGCUGGAAUGCUGCGAGUACCCAUUCGGAUCCAAGCAGAAGGAUGUGUGCAUCAACCCAUACCACUACAAACGAGUGGACAGUCCAGUGCUGCCUCCUGUCUUGGUACCGAGGAACAGUGAGUUCAACGCCAAGCAUACGAUGCUGCCUCGCUUCCGCAACCCUCUACAGCAGAACGAGCCGCACAUGCCCCAGAAUGCCACCUUCCCAGAAUCCUUUGCUCAGGCCAGCACCAUGCCUUUCCCCCAUUCACCUGGAAACAGCUACCCGAACUCACCAGGAAGCGGCAGCAGCGCCACCUUCCCUCAUUCACCAUCCAGCUCCGACCCUGGCAGUCCAUUCCAGAUGCCAGAGACACCCCCUCCUGCCUACAUGCCCCCAGAGGAGCAGAUGACUCAGGAUUGCCCCCAGCCAAUGGACACCAACCUCAUGGCUCCGCCCUUGCCCCUAGAGAGUAACAACCGGGCAGAUGUGCAGCCGGUGGCCUACGAGGAACCCAAGCACUGGUGCUCUAUUGUUUACUAUGAGCUCAACAAUCGCGUCGGAGAGGCGUUCCAGGCUUCCUCCACCAGCGUGCUCGUGGAUGGCUUCACAGAUCCCUCCAACAAUCGAAACCGAUUCUGUCUGGGCCUGCUCUCCAAUGUCAAUCGCAACUCGACCAUUGAGAACACCAGGCGGCACAUCGGCAAAGGAGUCCAUCUGUAUUACGUGGGAGGGGAGGUGUAUGCAGAGUGUCUGAGUGACAGCAGUAUCUUCGUCCAGAGUCGUAACUGUAACUACCACCACGGCUUCCAUCCCACAACUGUGUGCAAGAUUCCCAGCGGCUGCAGCCUGAAAAUUUUCAACAACCAGGAGUUUGCUGAGCUGUUGGCUCAGUCCGUCAACCAUGGCUUUGAGGCCGUUUAUGAGCUCACCAAGAUGUGUACCAUCCGCAUGAGCUUUGUUAAGGGCUGGGGAGCAGAGUACCACCGCCAAGAUGUGACCAGCACACCCUGCUGGAUUGAGAUUCACCUGCACGGUCCGCUGCAGUGGUUGGAUAAAGUGCUAACCCAGAUGGGCUCCCCCCACAACCCUAUAUCCUCAGUCUCCUAGGCUUCACUGUCCUUGGCCCUGUGGCUGUCCAUACUCCAGCAUUUUGGUCUAAGUAGCAAGAAUAGGGGCAGGCUGAUCCCAGACUGGUUUGUGUUUUAGUCAGUAGUCCAUAACUGACAGAGGUUUUGACUGAAACACAAACCGAUCUGGGAGCUGUAAGGUCGGACGGGUUGUUAAAUGGGCAGGUUUGUCCUCUACUUGAAGGACGUCUGAAUUGGGCACAUUUACAGACUGGGAGAGGAGUAAGCAAAGUGAGCGUGAUGCAACUGGAAGAUACUUGAUCUUUGUGACCAACUGUAAUAAUUAGACCAUCACACUCAUCAUGACGCAAGUAUCCUCUCUGAUCUUGCUCCCACGACUUCUCUUUUUCAUUGUUCUAUUAUUCUGACUCAUAACUAGUUUGCAUCUAAAUAUUCCCUCGGAAAUCCAGAUAUACGUGUGUAGUUACAAUAAUUACGGGACAUUCCAGGUCGCCGAAAUUGCAGUUGGCCGCUGUUUUCUGUCUGACUGUACUGAGGUUGGCAUGAAAUGUACUUAGAAAAUGUAUAAAGUUAGCAGGGACUCGGAGGAUGACCAGUAUGUCUGAAAAAAAUUCAAGCAUCCCCAGAUACUAGAACAAGUGUCUGCUCUCUUUUUUAGGAUACUAAAUUAAAGCAUUUAAAACAUAACUUCAAAAUAAAAGUCCCAUAUCACAGACCAUGAAAAACAAUAUGAGAGCAAAAUUGGGGGCUCGUUUUGGGUGGGGGUUUAGUGUGGGGCUGGGCACUAAAAGGGCAUUUCAGACAUAACAGACUAAAGUUUAAGUGUUGCUCAUCUUGUGUUACACUUGUGUUUCAAAUGAAUUUUUCAGGAAAAAAAAGUAGUGUUUAGAUAUAUUCACUAUUAGAAUAUGUGCUGUGCAGUCUGGUUUUGCAAAGCAUAGUUUGGUUAGUGUAGUGUUACACAUUUAAGACUGGUAGCUGAACGUGACAUGAAGCAGAGGCAAGCACAAGUAGUUUGUCCCUGGCUGUAGACUCUGCAGCAGAAUCAAACGUGUCAAAAACAGAUUCGCAUCGAGGACAUUAAUAUUUCGGUGAGUCGUUCUCUCAUUACAAAGACUGAGCAAAACUUGUUAAAUGGCUGUUACGGGAAAAUGUUGAGCAUUCAAAUUUUAAUUGUCGACUGAGGUGUAAGCUGCUGUCCUAAUAAGAUUUUUUUUAAAUAAAAUGCAGAUGUUGCCAUUCAGUUCUUUUAUGCUUUGAGCAAUCCUCUUUGCUAUUAAACUGUUAUACUCUUUACAUUCUUUUUGUAUUUUCGAACAUGUUUUUUUGUUGUUUUGUUUUGUCUGCACUUUCACAUGUUGCCUCUUUUUUUUUUUUUUUCUUCUUUCUGUUUUGCUCAGUAAAACUCCCAGAAAAGCAGUUUUAUUCCAUGAAUAUCAAGUCUCUACUGGAAGAUUCAAUAAAAUUUGUUUCAUUACUUGCAA